CCACCUGCAGCCAGCAUGAUCCAAAUCUCGUUUGAGAUGGCGAAGAGCCACAAUGUUGGAAGAGAGGCCGCGGCAGGUACCCCAGGAACAUACAUGGGUCUGGCCAUGUCGGACUGCUCUGCCCCGGUUUGAGCUUAACAUUUGGAGCCUCGGCCAGCGGAUACGAGCUCGGGCACCCGCAGCACUCAACGUCUCCGACCCCUCACCGUUCAGUUGUUGGAAACUACCAAACGACGACAGCUUCAAGGACAAACUAGCCUCCACAGCCACCCCGUAAUGCCUCAAUACCGCGUUGUGAAGAAUAGGAAGCCUCGGAGACAAGGCCAGGCCACCAAGCAAGACGUCGCCGACUUCGACUCCGACUCCGAGCUCGACCAGCACAGCCCGCACGCUGCUGACCGCGGGCUGAGGUUGCUCCCGCGAACCUCAGCCGAACAAGCUGCCCGACGCCUCACACGAAACACACAGAUCCAGCCCGCCGGCAUCUUCCGACCUCAAGACCACUUCCUAGCUCCUGAGCAGCACUUCCCGCUACAGACCAUCAGCGUACGAACGCAGUGGCCUCGAUAUGUCAACCGCUUCAACUCGAAGGAGAUGAUGCUUGUCGUCGACGGCAGUUGCGUGAACAAUGGUGCUGGUGCACGCAGCAACCAACCAGUCGGGGCAGGGAGUGCGCCAAAAGGUGGUUUGAGCUUCAUAUACAACGACGGGGGCAACGGCGGUGACAAGACCACCAUGCUAUACCAGACGACGGGCAUGGAGAACAUGCGUGGCAACCCACCGGUAGACCUGAGCCUCCCCGACAUCACAGGCACGAUCGCAAUGCCGCUCGAGCAAAAGGGCCCGCGCGGCGACACCCACACCCACACCUCCAACCGCGCCAAGCUGCGCGCCGUCAUCGCCGCGCUGGACUUCCGCCCGUGGCACAGCGAGGGCUGGCACACGGUCGUGGUCGUGACGGACCUCGAGUACGUCGCCCUGGGGGCCACGCGGUGGCUGCCGGCCUGGGUGCGCCAGGGGUGGCGGGCCGCGCCGCGCAGGGACGGGAGGGGGCGGCCCAGGCCCGGGAGGAAGCUCGCGAACCGCGACCUGUGGGAGGAGCUGCAGGCCCGCGUCGAGGACCUCCGCGCCAACGGCACCGAGGUGGCCUUCUGGCUGGUCCCGCCCCGCGGCCUGGCCAGGGAGGACAGCAACCUGCUCCGGGAGGCCAAGGGCGCGGCCCGUGAGGCCGCUAGGAGCUCUGGGGCUGAGCUGGGUGACUACACGAGGCUGUGUGGCUUGUUCGUGUGAUGAAUGGUCAGGCUGGGAGGGGAAGCUUGGAAGCCGGGAUUCGCGCCUCGAAGGACUAUGGCCCGACUGGCGGUAAACACAUGCCCUGGUGGAUCUCUCCACUGCCUUCUUUCAAUCAUGUCGAGUGCAAGAGGAGCCCUACAGCCACGUCUUCCUCUGUUAUGUCUUUUGAAGGGCAGACAAGAGUUCCCUAGGUGGAGAUUCGGACUGACUAUGCUAGAGAUCGGAGUCUGCCAUGUUCUGCUUGUCCAAGAAGCCAGUGUCGCAUUGAAUUCCGCGGCUGGGCUUUUCCCACAAGGCCUCGGGAAUCAUUUGCUAACAUUAUCAGCUGCUCUAGCCUCUUCUGCGCAUUACUCCUGGGGCAUCUGGGAUCCCAGUCUUCCACAACAGCGUCACCUCUCCUUCCCUUGUAGCAGCACAGGCGCUCUUCGCCAAUGAGCAAUUAUAUCUUGAUCUUUCACGAUCGUCAUUCCCCGGCAGUGAUCGUCGGACUCCCGCAACAGCCGCAAGUCGAAGUGACACCGCAGAGGCGAUGCUUCAAAUUGAAUCUCUAAUAGAACUAUAAAUACUACACCCUUCCCCACUCUUUUGCUCAGCC